UGGGGGCGCUGCGCACAUGUGUCAACUCGGGAGAGCGGGUUUGGUCCGUACUUUGCAAAGUUUGGGCAGAAGAAGAAGGAGGAGGCAGGCGGGGAACGGGCUGGAAGGGAAGGGAGCCCAAAGGAGCCAUGGAAGCCGAGUGGCCUCUGGUUAUGCUUCACCUUCCAGUGGAAAGUUUGGAUUACUCUGUCAAUUGGAUUUGAUUGAAGAUCAACAAAGCCUGGAUUCUUGGGAUUACAAAUCUCUGAUAUCCAGUCGGGAGACAGCAUACUGGAGUAAAUGUAGCUGGACUGCCUGCCAUGCACCCCAUGGGGAGUGUAGAUGCCACCUUUUCACGUUCUGCUGUGCAAACCCUCUCUCGCAGCCAUUGCCGGAACAUAAAGCAAAAGAUCUCUCAGUGGGAGGGGCGGACAACAGGGGACUGCCAGGAGGAGAGGCAGAAACCCAAGGACUUUGGGGUCAAGUAUGGCCAGGACAGCAGGAGGAAGCCAAUAGGGCUAGCAAAUGUUCAGAGUCUCGGCUUAGAUUUCCGAGAAAAUUCUCUGCUCUGCUCUGUGACAGAGGAAGAUGACGAGAGAUUCCAAGAGGCUUCAGAGAGCCCAAGGAUUGGGCAGCUCCUCGAUGGCAUUUUGACUGAAGAAGAGGUCAAUCCGAACUGGCAAGGGGAAAGGUUGCCACCAGGAAACUUCUAUACCUCACGGGACCUUUGGAAACAGUUAGAAACUUUUCCAUCUGUAGCUUUGGAUUUGAAAGAGAGUUGGGAAAGCUGUGGUUCAACAGAGAAAGUCCUGACAGUGCCUCCAACAAAGAGCUCGGAGAACAUCUACUGUGACGUUGAGGGCCAUGAGGAGCGGCCACUAGCCAUCAAUCCGGUACCCAAACCACGAAGGACUUUUCGUUAUCAUUCUGAGAAGGACCAUCAGAACUGCUCUAAUGUAGGCCACAUUGAGAGGAAACCCCCUGAACCUCAUUGCAAUGGCAGCUGCUCUCGAGCAACUUCCCACGACCCAGAGCAGAAAGUGGCCAGCCGGGGAAUCCGAGGCAGAUCCAAAAGAAAGUCAUUUGAGUUUGAGGACAUUCAAGGUUACCGAAACCGACUCGCAGCCAUGGAGUUCCAAAAACUCCACGAGGAAUUGAAUGGCACCACAAAUAUCCGCCUCUAUUGCACACAGUCAGAGGACAACCUCUAUGAGGACAUUAUUGAUCCUGCGAAGGAGAACCUGUAUGAGGAUAUCAAAGUGAAGCCUCUUUGGAGGAUCCCUUCUGCUUGGAAGCUGCCUCCACCCCGUAACACCAUCAAGCCACCCAAGCUUCCCCCAAAACCACACUUUCUUCAUCGCAAAACCUUAGAACUAAAAACCACCCGGAUCUGCCUGCGUGGGAAGCUGGCGAAAGACACGACUCUCCCCGUUACGCUGACCGAAUGGAAGUUCUUCAAAGCAGGCGAGGCUGGAAGCAGGAAGAGGAAGAAUCUUCCCCGGCUUGUAUUGAAGAUACAAGAGAUAUUUGACUCCAAACGAGGGAAGAAAAGGGUGAAAUUGGUGUCACAGACAGGAAAAGAAGUUUCUGUUACAAAAGGUGAAACCAACGGGUAUGACAGCGAACCAGAGAAUCUGCCGAAAAGUCGGCAUAAACGCCUCCUGCAGGUACAGAGUCAGUCGAAGAGAAACCCACACUAUCAGACGCUGGAACGGGACUUGAUUGAGUUUCAGGAGCAGCAGCUUUUUGAGCUCUUUGUGGUGGUGUCUCUACAUAGGAAGCCAACAGAGGCAACCUAUACCCCUCUGAUUAUACAGCAGUUUCCUAGCAAGCCUGACCACCCCUUUCGCCAGCCUAAGGAUACUGAAGAAAGGUUGAAGGUCAUCCCCAAAUUCUGUUUCCCUGACCCCAAAGAUUGGUUCCCAACAUCAGAGUUAAAAAGCGAAACCUUUUCCUUUGUACUGACUGGUGAAGACGGCAGCCGCUGGUUCGGAUAUUGCAAAAAGCUCUUGCCAGAAGGAAAGGGAAAACGACUACCUGAAGUAUACUGCAUGGUGAGCCGCUUAGGCUGCUUCAACCUUUUCUCCAAGAUAUUAGAUGAGGUGGAGAAGAGGCGCGAGAUGUCCCCAGCCCUUGUGCACCCUUUCAUGCGCAGCGUCAUGGAGGCACCCUUCCCUGCUCCUGGGCGCACCAUCACUGUAAAGAGCUUCCUGCCAGGAGCUGGAAAUGAGGUGAUUGAGCUUUGCCGCCCAUUAGACUCCCGGUUGGAGCAUGUUGAUUUUGAAUAUCUGUUUAAGUGUCUCAGUGUCUCUCACUUGAUCCAAGUCUGUGCUUCUCUCCUGCUGGAAAGGAGAGUCAUCUUUGUUGCUGACAGUUUAAGCACCUUGUCCAAAUGUGGCCAUGCUGUGGUUGCAACGCUUUACCCAUUCACUUGGCAACACACCUAUAUUCCUGUUCUUCCAACUUCCAUGAUAGACAUUGUCUGCUCGCCCACCCCAUUCCUUAUUGGGAUUCUCUCCUGCUCCUUACCCCAGCUCCAGGAUCUACCUAUAGAAGAGGUACUGAUUGUUGAUCUCUGUGGUGAUCGAUUUUUGCAACAGGUUUCGGAUGAGGGUGAAAUUCUACCUCACAAACUCCAAGCUGCACUCAUACAAAUUUUGGAAGAAAGGAAUGAUAUCUUGUCUCAGGAGCGGACUUUUACACAAGGUGAUGUGACUCUGGACUCUCUUGUAUCUGAGGCCUUUGUUCGCUUCUUCGUGGAGAUUGUGGGGCACUACUCCUUGCACAUGCAUGUCACUGAGAAAGGGGAGCGGGUAUUCCAGCGGGAACCCUUCCGGAAAUCCCACACCUCUCGCAAUGUGCGGCAUUUCCUUGAAAUCUUCAUGGAAACACAAAUGUUUGCUGGUUUCAUACAGGACAGAGAGCUCCGGAAAAGUGCCAUUAAAGGGUUGUUUGAGGUCCGAGCUUUUGAAUAUUUGGAAACCAUUCCAGAGUCUGAGCCAAGUGGGAUGAAUAAAAUCCUUCGUAGUCUGGGUAACAAAAUGAAGUUUCUGCAAAAGAAGUAAGAACUCCACUGCAGAAUUUCUGCUAAGCAUGGAUUUCAGUUCCCAAUCCACCAUGACAAGGGGAUAUCUCAUUGCCUGUCAUUGUGGUGUCAGAUCGGAUUUCUGGGAAGCAGCUCAAGAUGAGCUUCAAGCGACUGGAAAAAAAAGUGCACCAGAUCUGGCUGGAAUUACUGAUCUUUACUUUGCCUGGUCCUGCUGGAGUAUUACUAGGAGAAACUGGGCUUCCAGUUGUAGAACUGGUCUGUAAUGAGGAACUUGGUUAACUCUGUGAACAAUGUCUUUGUUUAUGCUGCUUGGCCUAAAGACUUUCUCAGGUCACCCAUUGUUUGAGAGGGUUCCUUCAAAAACUACUUAAAGUGAUUUAAGGACUAAGUUGAUACCAGUAAAAAAGAAGAAUGUGCCUAGAAAUAUGACAUUUUCCCACAGCUAUCACAUAGCCCUAUGGAUAUUCUUUUCACAAGAAAAUGUUCCCUAAAACUGGAAAGGCAAACCUAUUGAAGAUGUUCUUCCGUCCUCAUCUGCAAAAGUAGCCCUGUAAAGUUCACUCUGCCAUUGGCCUAGUUUGUGCCAUUAUCUGUUUCAUUACUUCUUCUAGUGAUGUAUUGCAAUGCUGUAUAUUUUGUAGAUAGAGAAAACAAAACAACAACAUCCUUUGUUUAUCUUCCUUUUUUAUACUAUAAAACUUAGUCUGUGUUAUCUGUUUUGAAUGUACGUGUUCUCUGACAUUUUUACAAGAUCAUCUCUACUACAUCAAGGGA